GUGUGUGGGUGAGGCACAGGAACGCAUCAUCAGACAAGUUAUCGGAGCCAAUCAAAAAUUGAUGCGGUUCAGUUAGUUCGGGCGUACUGGGUACUUGAGAGGCAGCUCGCGUCUUUGAGCCUACACCCGAGUGAAAAGCUGUCGAAGGCUUGCAACUCUCCGACAACUCAUCUCCGCAAUCAUGGUCACAGACGAUAGAUCUUCAAAGUUAUGCGCGCACGGUUUCCAAUUCCGUAAUUGGCCUGGAGCAGGGGAGGAAGCCGCUGCUCGAAUGGGGAUAUCACAUGCUGUUAUCUUGCCUCCAAAUGCGCGCACUAUCAUCGUGGCGGGACAAGUCGGAAUCCGUGACGAUGGCACAGUCUCAGAGAAUUUGUCAGAGGAAGUUGAAACGGCUUUCGAGCAUGUUGAUAAAGCUCUGAAAGUAGCAGGUUUGGGCGAUGAUGCGUGGGAGCACAUCUACAAGAUCAACACGUUCGAGAUUUCGGCUCCCGGUCUGAUGGACAUAGUGCUCGAUAAAGCUAGAGUCCGCCUAGGGAGCACGAAACCAGCUUGGGUUGGAGUGGGGGUUCAAAGUCUUUUCCAUCCGAGCUUGCACAUCGAGAUUAGCGUUGAGGCGUAUCUUCCCGGAGAGAACCGAUGAACACCCUAUAAGCAGCAAGUAGAUCAUAAUGCAACAAUGUUGUAUCGUGCUCGACAAGUAGUGAGCUAAGACGG